UAUUCCUCCACAUUUGCUCGCCGUCCAACGCCACUUUUGCUCUGUGCAUCCGCCUCACCAGAUUCCCACUUUUUUUUCUCCUCCUCCGAUCUCUUUCUCACCUUUUCCUUUCUUUCUUUCUUUCUCUCAUCCUUUCCCAAGCCAAGAAUCUCUCUCCCUAUACACUUCCCUUUCUCGCUUUUAACGAUGCCUUGUUCUCCCUCUCUCUACUCCUUUUUUCUUCUUCCUUCUUCCCUCUUCUUUUCUUCUCUCUCUCCGUCCUUUUCAUUCACUCUCCGCCCCCCUUUUCGGUCGAAGCUCCGGCAAUCUCUAUACAUAGCUUCCCACUUUCAUGGCUUCUUCAGGCGUCAACCACCUCUCUCAGCCUUGCAUAUAUGCAGGGCAGCUUGCUUCUUCUUAUGCGGAGCGGAAGUCCAGGUUCAUGAAAUGGCUGAGUAAGCUUUUCAAGAGUGGGGGGUCGGGUCGUGGAGUUAUUGGUGGACAGCAUCCCCAGUUUCUCGGAGACGAAAACAUGGUUUGGCGAGUACCCCCGAGAUCCUUGGAUGGUCGUCCUAGAAGUGAUAAAGAGAAAGAGGAUUUAGACCAUGCAAUUGCACUUUCGCUAGCUGAAGAUUUGAAGAAGCCAAAGGGAUAUGGAUGGCGUUCAGACACUGAUGAAGAUCUUUCUAGGUCACUGCAUGAUAGCCUGAAUACAUCCUCCUAUCCUCCUUAUGCUCCUACACCAUAUUAUCCAAGUGGGUAUAGAGUAUGUGGAGCAUGCAAACAGGAUAUAGGGUUUGGAAAUUAUUUAGGAUGCAUGGGAACUUUUUUUCAUCCAGAGUGCUUUCGCUGUCGCUCUUGUGGUUACCCAAUUACCGAGCAUGAGUUUUCUUUGUCAGGGAGGGAUGCAUACCACAAGUCCUGUUUCAAAGAGUUGACUCAUCCCAAAUGUGAAGUUUGCCACCAAUUUAUCCCAACAAAUGGUGCUGGUUUAAUUGAGUACAGGUGCCACCCAUUUUGGUCCCAGAAAUAUUGCCCAUCGCAUGAGCAUGAUAAUGUAGCUCGUUGCUGUAGCUGUGAACGCUUGGAGUCUUGGAAUGCGAGAUACAUAUCCUUGGGAGAUGGACGGAGUUUAUGCUUAGAGUGCAUGGAAUCAGCUAUAAUGGAUACCGGUGAUUGCCAUUCCCUUUACCAUGCAAUCAGGGAUUUUUUUGAAGGGAUGAACAUGAAACUAGAUCAGGAAAUUCCCAUGCUUCUGGUUGAAAGACAAGCCCUUAAUGAAGCUAUUGUAGGAGAGAAGAAUGGACACCACCACUUGCCAGAGACGAGGGGUUUGUGCCUCUCUGAAGAGCAAACUGUUAAAAGUAUCCAAGUACUUAGAAGGCCCAGACUUGCAGGACAGCGACUAGUAGGAAUGAGAUCACAACCUCAAAAGCUGACUCGAAAAUGUGAAGUUACAGCUAUUCUUGUACUGUAUGGCCUACCAAGGUUACUGACAGGAGCUAUUCUUGCUCAUGAGCUGAUGCAUGGGUGGCUACGCCUUAAAGGCUUCCGAAAUCUUAGUCCUGAGGUAGAGGAAGGUAUCUGUCAGGUGCUCUCAUACAUGUGGCUGGAGUCAGAAGUAAUGCCUGGAUUUAAUAGAAAUAUGGCAUCCACAUCAUCAGGAGCAGCUUCCUCUUCCUCAUCUUCUUCUAAAAAGGGUGGAAAAUCAGAAGUAGAGAAGAAGCUGGGAGAGUUUUUCAUGCAUCAGAUUGCACAUGAUGUAUCCCCAGCAUACGGAGAAGGAUUCAGGGCGGCCAAUGCUGCAGUGAAUAAGUAUGGUUUGCGCAUCACUCUUGAACACAUUCGCUUAACAGGAAGCUUCCCUCUGUAAUCAUAGGAAUAGCAAUUCAUCUGUAUGGGUUGAUCUCCCUCAUCACAGGGUCCUUGGCUGGAUGAAUUGACCCAGUCUUGGAAGCUUGGAGCAGCUCCCCCCUUAAUUUUUGUGGGGCCUUGUGAGACGCUUUCAGAAAUGGCAUUUCCAAAUGCAAUAAUAUGUAUUUCUUUACUUAUAAUAAACCUAGGAGUGAUUCUCAUGUUCAUUAUUUGCAGUAAUCUCCUUGGUUUCAUUGUCUUGUACUCAAAUUCAAGUUCCUGGAAAUGAAAGGAAAAAUUGAAGUAAAA